UUGUGGUCUCUCUUCCGCGAGCGGCAAUCUCAAAUGAGGAAAGAAGGUGAAAAGCAAGGUGAAAAGCGUUGUCGUCUUUCUCUCCCGGUUCCCACUCGCUGGUACACACACGAGAAAUGCAUCGGGAAUGUCGUUCAAAACAAAGACAUAAUUUCUGCUCUUUUCUCCCGCAAAGAUUUACGGAAACGCUAUGAAGAUGCUGAACUGGAUGAAGCAGAUCGCGUGUUCAGUGAUGCUACCUUCUGGGACAAAGCGGAAGCAGCCCUCGAGCUGCUCAAACCGGUCAAUGCUUCACUGUCUGCAUUUAAACAGCGACGAGUCCAGCUUCUCCACAAUCUUCAACACAUUUGCUACUUUAAAGGCCCUUGGUGUGUACUCAAAGCCCUUGAAGGGAUGCCCUAACACGAUACAGAGUGCAGUUGUCGAUAUCUGCAGCCACCGCCGAACCAAAAUGUCCACGCUGACAGCCCAAGUUGCCGCCUUACUGGAUCAAAAUCUGACAUUGGAUGCCCUCGACGAUGAUUCCACAACAAUGGUUGAAAAAGCUGUGGAGCUUGCCAUUUCCAUGCAGAUUAUUUCAGCUGACGAUGGAUAUGCUUUUCACAAGGUGCUGCAAAAGUAUGCCACGUAA